GGUAAUGUCAACAACCUACCGAUCAGAGGUUUGACAUCUGUUUGUAUAUUCUAAGAUUUUCAUUUAGAAAACUAAAUUCAUUGCUUCAGAUCGUUCAUUAAAUCAAAAUUCAUUGUCAUUUAAUCAGUAUUUUAAGCAAUGAAGAUCUAUAAAUAGAUUUGUUUUUAUUUUUCUGUUUUGGUUAUUUAUGCAUAGUACGCAUUUGUACGCGUUCUUCAUGCAUCGUAAUAAGUUAAUUUAUUAUUAAAGAAGCAUGUGGCAAAUUCAUAACUUCCUCCUUUUUAUCAUAAAAUAUUUCCGCUGUUUUUUUACUUCUUUAUGUGCAAUUUGUCUCAUAUUUAUUGGAUAUUCAUUUCUCUUCGCAUCAUCAAAAAUACAAUCUGUGUCUUCACCUACCUGUGAUUUUUACUUGCCUAGAGUAAAAAUAUUUGGUGUUAAGAAUGGAGAGAAGACUCUAGCCAUUGUUGAAACUGUUUUCCGUGACCUUGGGUAUACUGUCCAAACUAAUGAUAGCCUGAAUUGGGAUGUUUUAUGGUCAUAUACAUAUCCUUUUUAUGUAUUGGAGAAGGAAUUAUCUUCUUUGAAGUCUUAUCAAAAGGUAAAUCAUUUUCCAGGAAGUGGGUUUAUCACUCAAAAGUCUAAUCUUGCUUCUCUGAAGCUGAAUAAUAUUCCAAAAUCUUUCAUUCUACCAAUUGAUAAAGAGCAUUUUAUUGAGUAUGCACAAAAAAAUCAAAAUAAGUCUUGGAUCAUGAAAAGUUCUACUCAUCGAUUUAUGCAUAUAGUUAACCUAACUUCAAAUUUAGACGAGAAUGGAGUUUUUAUUCAAGAAUUUAUUCAAAAUCCUUUAUUAAUUAAUAACAAAAAAUUUGAUAUUGGUGUUUAUGUCAUACUUACAAGCAUCAAUCCUUUACGUGUUUAUAUCUAUUCGGGAGAUAUUUUGCUUAGGUUUUGCAAAAAAGACUACUAUCCUCUGAAUUUAUCAUCGCCUGAAUCUUACAUUGUUGGAGAUGAUUAUUUACCAAUUUGGGAAGUACCUGAUUUGCAGUUUUAUUUCUCAGAAUUAAAUUACACAGCAAAAGAAUCAUUGAAUGCGUAUCUCCUAAAACAAGGUAUGGAUGUGAAAAAAAUGUGGCUUCAAAUUCAUGAGGCUAUUCAAGAUGUUUAUUAUGAAACAGAAGAUAAUUUAAAGUACAGUUCUUCAAUGUUCUCAAAUAAAAGAAAUUUCUUCGAAUUAGUGAGGUUUGACUUUAUAGCAGAUGCAGAACUUAAUGUGCAUCUUUUGGAGGUAAAUAUGUCACCAAAUCUUUCACCAGCUCACUUUUCUCAAAACGCUUUGUUGUAUGAACAAAUUGUUUUAAGCACAUUGAACAUUGCUGGCUUUGUCAGAAAGUUUCCUACAGUAGCACAAUACAGUGGAGAAGCAGAAGUAUCUGAGAAAGACCUUAAUGUAUUUCCUGAACAGUGUUCUUCUCAAAUUUGUUUUGCAUCAUGUAAGGCUUUGCACUGCAAGGUUUGCACUCAAUGUUUGACUGAUGAUAUCAAAGGAGUCUUCAAAACUGCUUAUGAGGAAUUUAUUAACCGAGGAAAAUAUCGGAGACUAAUACCACCACCAUCUGUAGAAAAGCAGGAUCAAAGAAAUAAAAGAUUCUUAAAAUUUUCGAUCGUGAAUUCUCUGAUGGCCAUUUGGUUUGAAGGAAAGUGCUUACAGGACGUUUCUUGGUGCUACUAAAACUUUAUAAACAUGAGAUCAGUGACUAAUUUAACUUAGUGUGAAAUUUCAGUUUUUAUACUUAUUAAACUAAUAAAGUUCACAAACAAACA